AGGACGCAGGCGUGGACGUGACCUGACUCCGCUGGUCUCCAGGCACACCCCUCCAGGAGAAGCCAGCGUGUACUGCCUGAUAUCCCCCGCGAGCGUGGUACUGCUGCAGCUGCUUAGCAGAACGGCGGUUGGGCUGCGGCGGCCGCCUGAAGGUCUCCAGUGCGGAACCAGAGAAGGACUCUGGCUGCCCAGAAGGCCCUCACAGACGUGCUCACGGACACGGACUGGAGAAGGAGAGCAUGGCCAAGAGCUCAGAGGUGCAGCCCUGCCCUCUGGACAGGACCGGGUGCCUAUUUAAGCUCAUCGACACGUUCCCCGCGGAGAUGGGGGAGCUGAAGCGGGAGAGGGGCCAGACGACGGUGUCUUUGGACGGAGACCCCGCCAUGGUGGCUCUGAGCGGGGCGGAGGAGAUGGUGAGUGGGGUGUUCCUGCAGCCUCCCUCCAGCGGGGGCGCUCCAGGGACCCGGGACUCGGGGUACUCGUCCCUGCGCAGGCGCAUGAGCGUGCUGGACAGGCUGGUGCAGACGCACCCCGUCUGGCUGCAGCUCUCUCUGAGCGAGGAGGAGGCCGCCCGCAUCCUGGAGCUCCAGCCUCCCGGGACAUUCCUGGUGAGAAAGUCCUGUAAGCUGCAGAAGAAGGUGAUUUCCCUGCGUCUGGACGAGACCGCAUCCACUGUUCUUCACAGAGACUUCCCUGUGAAAGAGGGCCAGUACACCUUUUCAUUGGAGGGCUCUGGGAUCAGCUUCGCAGACCUCUUCCGCCUGGUGGCUUUCUACUGCGUCAGCAGGGACGUCCUGCCCUUCCCUCUGCGGCUGCCGGAGGCCAUCGCAGGAGCCCGGACCCACGCUGAGCUGGAGGAGGUGGCUGAGCAGGGAGCAGCGUUCUGGGACUCUGCCGGCCGGAGGAGAGACUCGCCGCAGCCCGGACGAGACCGAGGCUGGAGAGGGGCCACCCUGCCCGCCCUGCGCACGCGAGCCCCAUCGCAGCUGGAGUGCAGCCGGCCCAACGGGGCCCUGUGCUUCAUCAACCCGCUGUUCCUGCGGACGCACCGUCUCCCGGAGGAGCCCUCGGCCCCCAAACCCCCCUCCACAGCCCGAGGCAAGGUCGCCUGGGUGAACAGCGAACCGCCCUCAACGAAGACCCGGGACCCCGGUUCGGACACGGCCCGAGACGGUAGAGCCAUGCCUGAGACGGCCAGUUGGAUCGGCCCCUCGCCCGGCGCGGGCCCCGCCAGCGCCCCCAUCGACGUCCCCCCGGCGCAGGUCCUGCUGCGGCCGCACCCCGACCCCCUGGACGACUCGCUGUCCCCGCACACGCGGCCCGGCUCCACCGAGGAGCCCGACCGCAACGCCCCGGGGGGCCUGCGGCUCAGCAACAUCAGCUCCUCCUCCUCGUCCGACUCGGUGGACUUCAGCCCCGAGAUCUUCCUGCAGGGCCCCGGGGCCUCGGUCGUGGGCGACAGCAGCCUGGACGACGAAGAGGACGACUUCGAGGCCCGGGCGGGGAGCGACCCCGAAAGCACGCCGUCCCCGUCCUCCCGCCCCUCCCGCCUGCGGAGGAGCAGCUUCGCCCUGCCCACCACCCUCAAGGGCAAGUUCCGCAAGAUGAGCGACGUGUUCAGCGCCCUGCGCACGCCCGAGAAGAGGCUGCAGCGGCAGGUCCUGGAGCUCUCCCAGGACAAGGACUCGUACUUCGGCUCCCUGGUGCAGGACCACAUCAGCUUCCUGCAGGAGAACCGGGGCGCUCACACCUCGGGGGAGGACCUCCUGCAGACCCUGCGGCAGUUCAUGACCCAGCUCAAGGCCUACCUGUGCCAGAGCUCGGAGCUCGACCCCUCCCUGCUGCAGCUCAUCCACGAGAGCCAGAUCGACGAGGUCCUGGAGAAGGCCAUGCACAAGUGCGUGCUGAAGCCCCUGAAGGGCGUGGUCGACGCGGCCCUGCGGGACUGCCAGGUGAACAGCGGGGCGUGGCAGCAGCUGAGGGAGAACCUGCCGCUGGCCAAAGCCAAGGAGCCCCAGGAGCUGGGCGUGGAGGGGGCCGUGCCCCCCGACCCGGACGCCAUCGAGAGGAUACGCCACAAGUUCCUGGUCAUGGGCAAACUGUACUCGCCCGAGAAGAAGGUGGCCAUGCUGCUGCGGGUGUGCAAGCAAAUCUACACAAUCAUGGAGGAAAACUCAGAGAGGCUUUACGGCGCGGAUGACUUUUUGCCCAUGUUGACCUACGUCCUGGCGCAGUGCGAAAUGCCCCAGCUGGACGCCGAGAUCCAGUACAUGAUGGAGCUCUUGGACCCCUCCCUCCUGCAAGGAGAAGGCGGGUAUUACCUGACCAGCGCGUACGGAGCGAUGGCCCUCAUCAGAAACUUCCAGGAGGAGAAGCGAGCUCGCACCCUGAGCUCGGAGACGCGCAACACGCUCCACCAGUGGCACCGCAGACGCACCUCCGAGCGCGUCCGGCCCUGCAUCGAAGACUUCCAGAACUACCUGCGCGUGGCCCUGCUGGAGGCUGGCGGGGGCUGUACGGCCAAGACCUUCCCGGUGCCGCCCGCGUUCACCACCGCGGACGUGUGCCGCCUGUGCGCCCGCCGCUUCCGCGUGGGCGACCCCGAGAGCCACGCCCUGUUCCUGCUGACCGGGGACCGCGUGCAGCAGCUGGCCCCCGACACCCGGCCGCAGAGGAUCAAGGCCGAGCUGCACGGCCAGCCCCGACCGCCCCGCUUCCACUUCCUGUACCGGCGGGUCUCCCGGCCGCCCGCCGACCGGCCCCCGAGGGCCGGAGGAAUCCGCCACAAGCCGGGGGAAAAUCGGUCCCUUGACAGCCGCAAGGAAGGGGGAAGCAGUAAAGGAGUGGGGUCCUGACUCUCUGUCUCUCGCUCUAUUUUUAAACCGUCGGAAACCGCGUACGCCGGUGACUCAUCAGCACGGGGGGGAAAUUAGCUUGCACUUUUCCUCAACCGCAAAGCUAAUGUGUUACAGAUUAGUCACGAGAGCUGGAGCAGCCAUGCCAAGCAGGGGUCCUUUAAUGUGUUCGGGCAUGCUGAGGGCAGCUACGCAAGGGGCCCUGUAAUGAAUUCUUCCCCAGCUUUUGGUAGCCUUUAAGCUUAAGUACUUGUAUUUGAAGGCUGUUGGGAGUGUGGGUCUGUAGGCUACCUCACCUCCUCCCAGACACUAUCCAUACUGUACAACUGUUGACCUAACGGAAGCAUCAACAGUGAAUGCUCUUAAGUGGACAGGAUCAAGCAGCAUUCUGGGAUUUGUAGGCUGUAGUAUUAUCUGACUGUUACGUACUGGAUUUAAGGAUGGCGUAUUUCUCCGAAAUGAAGGCAACAAAAAUAAUAAAAAAUAAUCAAAUGUAUAUACCUGUACAGUAAUUAUAUAUUUUUAUUCAGCAAAUUUCCUUUUUGACACAUUUUCUGUUACAGUUGCUGGUAAACUGUAUUAUAUAGAUUAUUCAUUUUUUUAUGUGAUUUAAACAUAUUUCCUGUGUGUCAACUUAAUGAAGCAGACAUUGUUGUCACUGAUUGCCAAAUUCUCACCAGUGAUGCCUAAAAUACCAAUAUUAAUAACUUGGAAAUCUGUACCCUAAAUGUGGAAUAUUUGCACAUUGAUAAAAUAAAAACAAGAACAGUCUGAAAUGUGUAUCAUGUUGACCAAACCCACUGCGGGAGAAGACUAAAUAUCACCAUUAUUAUUGAGAUGAUGAAUGGCUUUGCUGUUAUUAAACUUAUCUUUCCAGUCUCCUCCCAAAAGUACUGCCUACUUAAGUAUGUAAGUACGUAAACAAGGGACAGCUGUGUCUGGUUUGACAUUGAAAGCUCGGCCGGGGGUUUGAGAAUGUUUAAGGGUUUUGUUCCAUUAGGACAGAGGCCCAGCUGAAAAUACAAUGACAUCAUUACAGUCCUCAAUCAAUCGUCUAAGAAACAUGUAAUUACAGUAAUGACUGUAUCUUGUAUAAAAGACAAUGCCCUCUAAGUCCACCUUAGAAGGCAAUAUCCUUUUUCGCACCCUAGUUUAGGGUUAACAAGUAAUUGGAAGAUUCUUAGAAGUGUCUCAUCACCAAGGAUACCAUGAUAGUGCUUGAAAUAGAAAACAAAUAUCAUUAUGUUAUAUGUGAUCAUUAGUGCCUCAUAUGGGUUGACUAAAACAUUUGAAACGGAACUGAAUUUUUACAAAUAAGUAAAAUGCAUAAAAACUCAAAUCAAACCAUACUCCUUGUAAUUCUGAGAUUGUAUAGUUGUAUUCUUAAUUUACUUGGGGCUUAAAGGCUACUUGGGGGGGCAUUAACAGGGCGUUGCUGCAAAAGAGCAUGUACGCUCAGUCAACUUACCCUGUAUAAAUAAAGGUUAAUAAAUAAUAAUAAAAUAAUUGAGUGGUUCAAUGAGUGGUCCAGACAAACCACACUCAUGGCAGGUACACUUUAAACACUGUCAAAAACACUAUAAUUUUAUUUGUUUGAAAAUGUAUACGGUAAGGUGGAGUGUCAAAAUGGUAUUUAUGCAUUUGUGUAGCUCCUCUAAUAUGAAAUUUAAAGAUGAAAUAAUCUGUAAAAUAUGUAUUUAUAGUCUGUGCUGGAUUUUCACAGACCACUUUAAAAAUAUGCCAUUUAAUGUGUCAAUACUGUGCGUUUAUGCUGAAUCUCCAUUUGGGAAAGCUAUGUAUAGUAUUCCUUUUUAGAUACCGUGAAAGCCAUUUCUUACGUUGGGUCAUGUAUCCUGUAUAUAUUUCAUUUACACACAGUGGAUUGUAGUAAUAUGUAUAAUCCUGUUUGUAUAAUGCUGUUUAAAUGAAUAAAUUGAUUACCGGUUCCAAUAA